GUUUAUGUCCAAGAGAGUGCGAUCCCAAAGCCAAAGCUCAUCUGGCAAGAAAAUGAUCAGAGCAGCUGAAAUGCAUAAGGAUACCAGAUCAAUUACUUCACCAGCAAAGAAGGAACCUCCACUGAAAUGGAGGGCAUAUAGUGGAAUCAAUGAGGAUGCCGGAUCAACUACCCCUAUAGUCAAAGGCCAAGAAUACCCCAGACAUGAACUUCUAGGCUCGCGAGUCUUGGACGGCAGCGAAGCGGACUUUUGCUGGAAGAAUGUCAUUGACAUUGGAGAGAUACCUUGGCUGGCGGAGCACGUACUCCUGGACCAGAUCGUAUUUCCGGCCGCUGCAUACAUAGCAGUGGCUGGAGAAUCGGUUCGACAAUUAUCGAAGGGAAACCUGAACUCGUAUACCGUGACGGAUUUUUCAAUUACCUCGGCUCUAAUUCUGAAGCGAGACCAAAAAUCAAAGCUUCGUACCACGCUCCGGCCAAUGAAGGUGACCAGCGAAACCGGUCAGUGGUAUGCGAUUCAAAUUACGUCCUUCGCUGGAAGUCAUUGGACAGAACACUGUGUUGGCAAGAUAUCUCUUCGCGAUGCGUCUAGCUCGGACGAUUUGGAUGUCCCCCUUCCGAGGCUAAGCCUCCCAAGGCAUGUGCCGCAAGCUUAUUGGUACGAUGUGUUAGAGAAUGUUGGUCUCAAAUAUGGCCCCGCAUUUCAAGGCCUUAAUGAAAUAUCAACGGCUCUGAAAGACCACGACGCGGUUGCCACCGUUUCACCCUUUGGAGAUAUGAAAAAGUACAUUCUCCACCCGGUCACGAUAGAGCAAUGUUUGCAGAUCUUACAGGUCGCUGCAUACAAAGGACAAGGCAAGUCAGUUACAGGACUGCCUGUUGUCACAGCCAUUGAGCACCUCGUUGUCUCCAGUAGAGUACAAGCCAAGUCAAACAUUAGGGGAACAGCAGUAGAGAGCAGCUCGGGUUAUGUGGAAGGGAAUGCGUCCGUCAUUUCUGAAAAUGGUCGUACAAUACUCUCGAUCAAGGGUUGCAAAAUCUCUCCGGUGCCUAGCCAUAGACCAGGGCAGGACGACAAACUCCUCUCGUUCGUUAAAUGGGAUGCCGACGCUACCUUCUCUGACCUCAAUCAAGCUUUUGCUGUAGCUCAUUCGAAGCCGGACCCUCUCAAAAUCUCCGACGUAUUGAAGCUGCUUGCCCACAAAAAUCCAAACCUAAAGAUCCUCGAGCUUGGGAAUGGCGCAGAUGAAAUGACACGUUUGGUUUUGGAUAUUCUGAAAUCGAGUUUUGGCGAACGCCUAUAUCUCAACUAUACCUACGCAGCUGCAUCUCUCGAUGCCGCAUUCAGGCUCAGGGCGGCAUUUAGAGGCGUCAGUGGCGUCAACGUCGAAUUUUAUGACAUCCAAGAUUUACAGAGCUCAAAUCUUCAAACUGGAGCUUAUGAUCUAAUCAUUACGACCGAUUCUAUCUCCGUAGCGAGACAGAUCUCGAAAGCAUAUACGGACUCCUUAAAACAACUCAUUCAUCCUCUUGGAUAUCUCUUUCUGCUGGACGCCCUUCCAGGGUCGAAUGCAUCCAAAGAUAAAACUAUCCUAAGCCAGAUGCAUAAUAACCUCCUCGAAAGUGGCUUCGUAUUCAAUCCUAGGAAUGAGCAUUCUUCAGACGGCCCUAAAGUCGUUGCACAGCUAAAGAAGUCUCUUCAACACCCAAAGAAAGUUACGCUCGUCGUACCAGAAGACCACCAUGCUCUUGCCGAGGUGGUUCAAAGCACCCUUCAGGACAGUGGCAUCAGUUGUGACAGAUGUACAUUCGAAGGCAACAUAUCCCAGGAUCAAGAUAUGAUCGUACUCGUAGACUUUGGCGAGCCAUACCUGUACAACAUCACAGAAAAUAAGUUUCGCGGUUUCGCGAACCGCCUUUCUACUUUCAAACGCUCAAUCAUUUGGGUUACUCCCAACGCUUCGUUGUCGUGUAUCAACCCCAAUCCAUCGAUGAUCCUUGGUAUGGCAAGAACGUUGAGAGCUGAGAUGAGGAAAGAUAUCACUGUUGUGGAAAUCGAGGAUCAGGCUGUCACUUUUCCCAGCUCGAGUCGAUCGCUCGUAAAUAUCUAUCAGAAUCUUGGUCACCGAGCAAAAUCAGGGAAUGUUGAUCCAGAUUAUGAGUUUGCGAUAGUUGACGGGGAUAUCAAGAUAUCAAGGCUUCACUGGACAACGAUACGCCAGGAGCUUACCGAAUGCGUUAGCUAUGUAACAAGAGAAGAUUAUGGCUCGGAAGUUCGUCAAUACCCCAAUGGAGGCUUACCGAAGCUUAUCCAAUUUCGAUCUGAUGCCUGCUAUGUCUUGGUCGGAGGGCUUGGAGGCCUCGGUCGAGUAAUAGCAACGUGGAUGGUAGAGAAUGGUGCACGUAGCAUCAUGUUCCUAUCUCGCUCUGCAAAGGAAGGCCCGGAGACUACGCCGUUCUUUGACGAACUACGAGCUCUUGGAUGUGAGGUACUGCCAUUUGCGGGGGAUGUGACUCGCUUAAUGGAUGUUGAAGCUGCAAUAAAGCAAACGACGAGGCCGGUGAAGGGUAUUAUGCAGAUGUCAGCGGUCAUGAGGGAUAAACCGUUGUCCAAAAUGACAUUUUCAGAUUGGGAGCAGUGCGUGCGGCCUAAAGUUCAGGGUACCUGGAAUCUUCACCAGGUUACGUCUUCGGCUGGUUUAGACUUUUUCCUACUCCUUUCCUCUAUAUGUGGAAUCACAGGCCAGCCAGCUCAGUCUAACUACAAUUCGGCAAACGCAUUUCUGGACGCAUUUGUUAAUUACCGCCACGGUCAAAAUCUGCCCGCGUCUGUCGUUGAUAUUGGCUUGAUGGGCUGCACCGGCAUCAUGGUAAGAGAGAAUAGAGAGCUGAACCAGAAGUUGAUGGCCGGUGGUUACUGCUUUCUGAACGAGCAAGACUUGCUUGAUGCAUUGGCUAUAGCUAUUGCUUACUCGCGCCCUGCGAAAGAUGUGCUCAUAAAUAAAAGCCAACUUGGUCUUGGGCUCAGAUCGACGAAGCCUAUGACUGAUCCUUCCACGCGUGUAGCAUGGAAAAAAGAUGCGCGAAUGGCAGUUUCACAUCAAUUCGAAUCUCUGGGUAUAAAAACAGAUGAUGAGGCAAGGCAAUGCCUUCGAUCGGCAUUUCAAGGUAAUCUAUGUCAACGCCAUCGCGCUGAGGUCUCCAAGAACCAUGUCAAUCGGUGACAAAUUAACCUGAUUAAGCUCAUAGCUCUUUAGCGUUUCAGAGACAUGACGCUAGCUUCCUUUACAGCGGUGGU